CCCCACCCAUGGCAAAGUGCAGUGAUGAAGCUGGUGCUCCAGGUGCGGCAGCAGCAGGUGCAUUCUCCCUGGUCACAUAGCGCGCGGUAUAUGCAAAAUCAAGGCCAAAGAGGUUCCAGCUGUCGAGGCCAAGCGGGAUGUGUUUGUUUGGCAGCACUGCCGGCACUGCCUAUCAAUAAAGUCAACAAGAACUGGAAGGACAAACUUCGGUGGCUGUUUAAGGGCCGAAGAGCUCGCUUGCGGGAGGAUAAAGUGCAAGUGCUGCAAGAAGCGCAGGAAGACCAAAAGCUUCGCCAAGCCCUGGAUAACACCGAGAUUAUCCAGGAUGUGCUGCCGGAGGAAAGAGAGCGGAAGCUAAGAAACCUGAGCAGGGCCAUUGAGAGUGGCGAUGAGAAAGAGUUGCGAGAUGCAGUACAGGAAGCGCGUCAAUUGGACUUCCCGCAGGCCAGCCUAAAGAGGGCCGAGGAGGCCCUGAUGAAACUUCUUCAGAUGCGGGAGCUGAAGAAUCUCCGCAGUGCCAGCACUGGAGAUGACGAGAUGCAGCUGAGGAAUGCCAUCAAGGAGGCACGGCUUAUAGAUCUUCCACCCACAGAUGUGGAACAAGCCCAGGAUGCAUUGAACGAGAUGAUCCUAGCCCGAGAGCGGAAGGCAUUGAAAGAUGCAAUGAACAUCAGGGAUGAGGCUCAACUCCGCGAUGCCAUCAGUGAUGCCAGCAAGGCAGACGUGCCACCAGAUGAAGUCGAGAAGGCUCAAAAGUUGCUGUCCAGGAUCAAGCUCCUGCGCUAUGUUGAUGGACUGGAGAAGGCAAUCGACAGUAAUAGCGAAGGGCAGCUCCGAGAAGCCAUCUCGGUAGCAAGGAAAGCAGCACCAAACGAUGACUCCGAUGAUGCAGAGAACGCCCGCUUCAAUCUGGCUUUAGGUGAGGCGCAGACUGCCCUGAAAGGCAUCAUGCUCGCAAAGGAACUGAAACAGCUGCAGGAUGCAGUAGUCAGUAAAGACGAGGAGCAAUUGCGGGAGGCUUUGAGCCAGGCAAGGGCAACGGACCUGCCAGAGAGUGAGUGUGCCAAGGCACAAGAGGCGCUCAACAGCUUGGUCUUGGAGCGCAAGUUGAAGUUCCUCCGAAAUGCAGCCAGCAGCGCUGACCAGGAGCAACUUCGUGAGGCAAUAAGUGCAGGGCGCAAGGCUGGACUGCCAGCUGAUGAAUUAGACAAGGCCAAUGAUGCCUUGAAUGCGCUCAUUCGGGCACGAGAUGUUCAAAUGCUUCAAGAAGCCGUGGCAAGCGAAGACGAAGACACUUUGCGGCGAGCAAUCUUAGAUGCAAAACAGCUGGAGCUGCCUGACGAUGAAGUUUCCAAUGCUCAGCUGGCCUUGACUGAGUUGGUGCAGAGGCGAAGCAUUCGACAACUGGAGUCGGCCAUUUCAAGUUCCAGUGACUCGGAGCUAAAGGAUGCAAUCUCAGAAGCCCGCAAAGCGGGUGUCUCAGAAGAUGUGCUCACUGAUGCCAAGAAGACUUUGAAGCAGAAGGCACUUGCCAAGGCGUCAAAAUAUUUGGAGGACGCGAAGCUUCUUCAAGAAGAAGAUCAGCUUCGCGACGCUAUCAUUGAAGCCAGGAAAGUGGACGCAACGUCCCAAGAAAUCCAAGAAGAGGUGGAAGCAGCGCAACAGGUCCUCUUUCGCUUGAUCCAAAAGCGUCAAACGGAUGACCUCCGCCGGGCUGUUGCUCGGCGUGAUGAAACUGAACUCCGCGAGGCAAUCCGUGAGGCUCGGAGGCAAGACUUGGCGAGUGAUGAAAUCGAAAAGGCACAAGAGACGCUUGCGGAGCUUGUUGUGCUUCGCAAACUCAGCUGGCUGACAACUGCCAUACAGAACAACGACGAAUCAGAGUUGCGAAACCUUCUUGCAGAUAUUCGAAAGACUGAGAGUCUUCAAGAUGAGAGUCUUCAAGGUCGUAUUGUAGAGGCUUUGGAUCAAGGGCAGGAAGCACUCGCUCAGAUCGUCUUGGAACGUGAGAUUGAGAACGUAACCCAAGCCGCCCGAACUGGUAGCGAGACCCAGUUGCAGGAAGCCAUUGAGCAAGCAAAAGAAGCAAAUGUACCAAUCCAAAAGCUGGAGAAUGCGAUGGAGACUUUGAAUCAGCUCACUUGCGCUCGUAUGCGAUUGGACUUGCAAUCAGCAUUGGACUCUGAUGACGAAGCUGAAAUCCGUGGAGCAUUGAAAGAAGCGCGGUCAGUGCUGCCCUUUGAGGAGCUGGAGGAAGCCAACAACAAACUUGAAACCCUGCUGCUUCUUCGAGAGCUCUCUGAGGCCUCUACCCGCACUGCUUUAAGGGCCUCCCUUCAAAGAGCCGAGUUCCGGGACCUGGCAGAGCAUCCUGCACUGGACGUUGCAAGGAGAAAGCUAGCAGCCAUAGACAACCUGCGGGAGGUAGCAGAGCAAUCAGAUGAUCCUGGCACUAUCGAAGCAGCCCUCGAACAAGCAAAGCGAUUGCGAGUGGAUCCUGAUCUCAUCAGCAGCGCCGAAGGCAUCUUAGACAGGGAGAUGGGGAUCAAACGCUUUGGCCUCAAACAUGGCGUGGUGAUCGAGGAGAGGGGAGGCGAAGCGCUACCAAUCCCUUAUCAGGAGCGCUUUCGUAGCGAAGACAUUUUCUUUCUCUUGAUUGAUGUAUUCAGGAGCCGAACUCUUCAGCAGGUAGCUAUGCCAGUAGUUAUUUGCACCCUAUGGGCAAUGGUUUGCGCUGCUGUUAGUUCGAGACAUCACCUGGCUGAGGGCGCUUGGAGGUUGAAUCAGUUCCUGGUCACUCCGUUGGGCUUGCUGCUAACCUUUCGAACCCAGCAAUCGAUCACUCGCUUCAAUGGAGCAGUCGACCUCUGGAGCAAGGUUUCCAGCGCAUGCAGAACUUUGUCCAGAGCGUUAUUUUACCAAGAUGCCCGAAUUCCCCUGGAGAAGCACUACAGCCUAGCACAGCAGAUAUGCCUUUUCCCUGCAGUGCUGAGAGAGCAUUUGGAGAACCGUCGCACAAACAAACUGUUGAACAUCCGCCGUGAUGACGUCAGCAAACCUAUUGCUCUUUUGGAUCAGAUCCAAGCUCAAAUUUUCUCCUUGAAAGAGCUCGAUGUAUCCGAACGAAAUUGGCUCCUGAAACCCGUUGAGCAACUCUCCGAUUUGGUGAGCCCUUGUGAGAUGAUUGUUCAGACUCCAGUCCCGCAGAGCUAUGUUCGGCAUACUGGGCGCUUUUUGGCAGUAUGGCUUCUCAGCCUCCCGCUUUCGCUGGCAUCCCAUGCUGGUUGGCUUAUGGUUUUAAUUGAACUCAUCGCGUCAUGGUGCCUCUUCGCCAUCCAGGAGAUCGGCCUGCGCCUGGAAGAUCCUUUUAAUGGCCAGAUUGCAAUGAACAUUUUCAUCAAGACAGUCAAGAAAGAAGUGCGUCAAAGAUACGUCAUGCUCCUUGAAGAGCUUCUUCAAGCACAUGCGGAUGGACAUUUGGACGACGCAGUGAACCAGUGGUCUCAUCGCUUUGAUGACAAGCUGCUCGAGGUCUUGGAGGAUGAGCAGCGUUUGGAGACCGCCGAGACUCGACAAACUAUGCUUGUUGCCGUGGAACGUGGUGUGAAGCAAGCACUUGAAGCCUGAGACAAUUUGAGACUCGCAGCGUGGGAACAGUGUCGUCCAAGAUUGCACCUUCAUCAUUGUCAUGAUCUUCAUGCUGUCAGAUCUGUCAGCGCACUUACCCUGACAUUAGCAGCCAGCUUUCGAGCCCAGCUGCCAAAGCAGAUGACAGGG